UUAACCACCGACAAUAAAACUGAGACAAGUUCUAGUAAAUCACAACCAAGUAUUUAAAAUCUCUUUCCUUUUCUCAAUCCUCAUUCAUGUGUAAAAACUAAAAACCAUUCCCCAAAAACCAUGGAACAACCCAAACCCACCAAGAAGCUCAACAUAGUAAUGUUUCCAUGGCUAGCAUUUGGUCACCUAAUCCCCUACCUAGAACUUGCUAACCAAUUAGCCAAAAAAGGGCAUCAUAUUUUCUUUGUUUCCACACCAAGAAACCUUCAACGCCUUCCAAAGAUCCCACAAAACACAUCCCAUUUAAUCACAUUAGUCCCUAUCUCCUUACCCAAAACCCCAAAUCUACCCUUAAAUGCAGAGGCCACAACUGAUGUAGGGUCUGGACAUGGAACUGACCUUCUUAAGGAAGCCUAUGAUGGUCUUAAAGAACCCAUGAGAAAAUUCUUGGAAGCUUCUUCUUCUUCAUCUCAGCCGUUGGAUUGGAUCAUUUAUGACUUUUCUUGCUAUUGGCUACCACAAAUUGUUGAUAGAUUUGGGAUUAGGAAAGUGUUUUUCUCUAUUUGGUUUGCAAGAACACUUUCUAUAUUAGGUCCUUUAAGUGAACUUUUAAAAGGGGGGGAAGGAAGUUGGAUUGAACUUUGUACUCCUCCUCGUCGGAUCCCUUUUGAAGACAAAUCGGUGUAUUUUCUUCCCUUUGAAGCUCGGAUUCUUUUUGAAGGUUUGAGAAUGGCGACAUCAACUGUUUCAGAUGUGGUUCGAUAUCAGGGCAGUAUCGACGGCUGUGAUGUCAUUGCUAUACGUAGCUGCAUGGAACUGGAAUCCCAAUAUUUUCCAUUUUUGCAAAAGUAUGAAAAUAAGGUUGUUUUACCAGUUGGAUUAUUGCCUCCUUCUUUGGAAAAUUACCCCAUGGAUGACACUUGGCAGCCCAUCAUUUGUUGGUUGAAUAAGCAAAGAAAAGGAUCAGUUGUGUACAUUGCCUUAGGAAGUGAGUUUGAACCGAGUCAAGACCAACUCAAUGAGUUGGCUCUAGGGUUAGAGCUUUCCAAGCUGCCCUUCUUUUGGGCAUUUCGAAGAUCAAAACUUUCUUCAUUGGUUUUACCUGAGGGUUUUGAGGAUCGAACUCGGGAUCGUGGGAUGAUUUGGACAAGUUGGGUGCCUCAACUCAAGAUAUUGAGUAAUGACUCAGUAGGCGGGUUUUUAACUCAUUGUGGAUGGAGUUCGAUUAUAGAAGCGCUUCAAUUUGGGAAGCCUCUUGUUAUGUUACCAUUGGCAAUUGAUCAUGGGUUAUAUGCAAGAUUUAUGGUACAUAAAAAAGUUGGGGUUGAAAUACCAAGAAAUGUGGAAGAUGGAUCUUUUACUAGAAGUUGUGUGGUUGAGUCACUUAGACUUGUAUUCCAAGAUGAAGUUGGGCAAAUAUAUAGAGAUGAAGCACAAAAAUUGAGUGCCAUUUUUGGUGAUAAAAGUUUGCAUGGAAAAUAUAUUGAUCAAUUUAAUGAUUAUCUUUGUGACAAGCAACCCAGUAGAAGUCAGUGAGUUUGUUUGGCAAUAAUGAAUACUUUUUUUGUCCCUUUAAUAUUGCUCGUGACAGUGAUGUAUUCAAAAUAUCACUGUCAAUAACAAUCUUAAAGGGACAGAGUAGUAUAUAUACUGUAUGGAUUGAGCUUUUUGUUGACACGAUGGAAAUUUCGAAAUUUAAUUGAAAAUUAUGGAUUGAUUUA